AAGAGCUCACUCUUGAGUCAACCGACACUCCUGGUUUUGCCCGAUCGGCGAUUCAUCAAUCCUGGCCGUCUCGUUUUCUGCCAUUGCCAUGAAAAUCGCCGAGCUACUCAACGGGCCUGCGGCCACGACACGUCGACACGCCGAGAAGCGGAUGGACAUGGCAUCGCUUGACCUCUUCACUCAAAAACGCAAACAUCGACCAGAGCUUUCUAUGACUGGCAUCAUCCAGGCCCUAGCCGAUAAGACUACCGGCAUCAACGACUCACUUGCUCCAGGUCUCCCCACGGUCUCCGCUGCGGAGGAGACACGACCCAGUGAACUCGAGGGUGAAAUUGCAAUAAAUCCCAAGGCAAAAAGUGCAAAACCCGAAAAAAGUGAAGACUCUGGCGCAGAAGAAACGAAAAGAAGGAGAAGACGGAGCCGCAAUGGGUUUACGCCACUCACCGAGUCGGAGAAAAGAGUGAAGCAGAGAAUGUUGGUCAAACGAUCAUACUACCGCAAAAUUGACACAUUAGUGGAGCUCCGCCAUGAGAUGGAAACACUAGAAACCAAGUGUAGAGAAGCAAUUAUCUCUCGACGUCCGAUACAGUCGCCAGUUUCCAAACCGCAAGACGAAGAGCAACGCUGCGAACAGCUUCGUGAAAGAUACACGCAACUAGCCAUCACACAGGAAGAAUUACGCCACGAGAACGAACAACUACGUCUUGAAGCCAUGGAACAGUCGAAAGCGCGUACACGUAUUGGUAUUCUACUGAACGAAGAGCUUCAAGAGCAACUAGAGACACGUGAAAAGGGAGAAUCCCUGGGUUUAUCGCCUUGGUCUUGUGGCGAACAUCGUGCUGCAACUCCGACUUUAAACACUGAAAACUCCAGUCAAGAAAGAAAACCCAAGCCUGUCCUACACUUCACUCCCAUCACCGAGGACGAGUGUAUUACUAUUGUACGUGAAGCCUACACUGCCGUUCGAGCAUUCGCCGAUAAGCAACACUACGAUAGCACAGGCGCCAGUGUCUUUGGCUGGCGUGACAGACGUCAAGUGGACGGCAACACGAUGCGUUUCUUCCUUGAAAAAACAUUUGAAAAUUUCACCGCAAACGAAAUUUCCAGUCGGAUGUGGGACUUGGUGUCCUCAGAACAUGGCGUGAACCGCAUCUAG